CCCAAUCACCGUCAGACCUGACUAGCUAGUGUUGUAAACAAACAAGUCCUAUCAACACACCAAGACGAGAGUGACAACUGCUUAGUAAGUUCAAUUUGCCACCACGGAGAUCUUCUCCGGCAUCAACAACAACAACCCCUUUUCCUCUACCUUGUUGUCAAAAUCCGCAUUGCUACACCAAAAUGUCCUUCUACGCCCCAGGGUGGGACUACAACCGGCUCCUAACCGCCACCAGCGCCGACUGGAUGACCCUAACCGACGAACAACACACCGCCAUGAUGACCGGGCUGAAAGAAGCAGGUCUCUUCGACGGGCUAAUGGCCGAACUCGAAAAGCGAUAUAAAGCAGAACAAGACGCCAUUGAAGCCGCAAAACCAGAGGAACAAAGACUCGCCGAGCGCGAGUUAAGAGCCCCAUACAUCGACACGCUGAAACUCGUAUUCAAAUUCGACACGGCCUGGUCGGAGUGGGGGUUUGUGGUUUUCCGGGCUGGACUUUACGGGCCGCAGCAUAAGGCGCGGUGGGAGGAGUUUCGGGCGCGGUGGGAUUGCAUCUUUCAGCAGGAGUUCGAGGCGCAUAAGGGAUAUCAUCCGAAAUCGGAUAGGGCGAUGGAGUUGUUUCGGUUUCGUUGGGUGGAGGAUCAGGCUCUGGAUAUGGCUGUACCUGAGGAGGUUUCGCGCCGCUUUGAUGGGAUGUGGCCGGAUCUACCGCGUGGAUUCACGACGUCCACGUGUCUGGUGGUUACGCCUGAAGUCGUAGAAUCCGUUCUCAAUUCGCCACUGCCAUCGUCAGCGAAGCAGAGUGAGCGGAGCAGGCUUCCAUUCGUGGUUGCAGUGUCGAGAGCUGCACAUAUCCCGUCCCCGGAGGAAGGAGGGGAGGAUGUAUUCGGGGCCGACUUCAAGGGGCACUUUAAUGUUGCUUUGGAGUCGCUUCUGGGGACCUUUUAUGGGAUUACGGCGUUGGAUAUUAUCGACUUGCCGAAGUUGACUGUAGGUAUGAGGAAUGAGAGGGAUGUUUGGUGCCAUCCCCAUCGUGGUGGUGUGCGGCAUUACCAGGAGGGACUUGAAGGUGAAGCUCUGCCCUAAUAAUCAUAUCAUUCAUAAGGACAAGUAUAUAGCAAGCCCAUAUAAGAAAUAUAUACACAUACGUAUUCAAGCUAGGCCAUCGCCCCCUGCAACGUGCCUAAAUAUUUCACAGACCCCAAUGGAUCACCACCCCGAAUGAUCUCAUCAAACCGAUCACUCAACCGGACAAAGUUCCUGCCGUAGCAUCCCAGCUCUCGUAGACGAAUAGACACCCAAUCCUGGUAAAUCCGGUCGCGUGUCGCAACACCGGCAAGGAAAAGCUG